GUUCACUUCUGCGGCCUCCGGGGCCUCGGCGUCACAGGCUUGGAGCUGGCUCACUGCCCAGGCCUCUGGGCCUCCCCAGACUGGGCCCCCUUGGAGGACCUUCAGGACACUGACAGACACCAAAAGAGGAUCCGAACUAUGUUCAACUUGGAGCAAUUGGAAGAGUUGGAGAAAGUGUUUGCAAAACAGCACAAUCUGGUGGGGAAGAAGAGAGCCCAGCUGGCAGCCCAGCUCAACCUUACAGAGAACCAGGUGAGGGUCUGGUUCCAAAACCGCAGAGUCAAGUAUCAGAAGCAGCAAAAGUUGAGACUGCUGUCCUUGUCUGCCGAGGCUGCCUCCCUAGAUGAGCCCUCCAGCAGCUCCAACACCAGCAUCCAAAGUGAUGACGCUGAGUCAGGGGUGGACAACUGA